AUGGUUAGAUUGACCGGUGGCAUAUGUGAUCCUGAAAUUCAGUCAUCUAGAAGACAGCAUAUUCCCGGUCCUGGUGCAAGCUCCAGCUCCACACCCCGACCUUCCCCCCUCACGCCCGCAUCGGCGGCGUCCGCGUCCACAUCAGCAUACGCGGUUCCCAGCGCACAGGAGAAGAGAAUGCGAAGCCGGCUACGUGAGGAGCGCCAUGCAGCGCUCUGUGUUCUAAUGGACCGCGAGCUUCUUACGAUCCAAGCUUUGGCUGCACAAGAGACCCUUCCUCAAGCCCGUCGGCGCUUCCUCUCAACUCUCCUCUCUCCCUCAGAUCCGACAACAGCAGCAUCCAUCCGCGCCGACCAGUUCACGAUCCAGCGCCCAACCUCAUCUACACCGUCCUCGCCAUUCAGCACGGAACCGAUGGUCGUCUCGCGGAGCAUUGUUGACGUAUGCGAAACAGACGACUCCGGGUGGUAUAAGCCCGAGCCGGAUUUGGCGUCUGAAUCGGCGAUGGCGGCGUCUUCACCGUCUGCGGCGUCGUCGCCUAUGUCGGGACUGAAGAUGAAGGGGAGGGCGACGCCUGAGAGGAGCAGAGCGGGUAGGAGGGUGUCGUCUGGGCGGCAGCAGCAGACGAGGGAGAGAAGGCGAAGAUGGAGCGGGGCGGAGAGGCAGGAUUAUGGUGCUGGGCUUUCGUUCUGA